AGGCGCUCCUGGGGCGGAGUGAGUCAGCCGCUUGGGCACAGCUCUUGAAGUGCCUGGCGAGUCCAGUCCCCUUGGGACGCCUUUCGCGGUGUGCAGGGCGCCAGGGUGCCGAGGUGCUGGCUCAAAUGGCUGUUGCGCUUGUGCAAUGUGAAGGGGCUGCUGGCAGUGUGAUGGAAGAGGUGCUGAAAGCUGAAAUGGAGGUUCUUCAUUCCGAUCAGCCUUUGGAAGAAGGCAGUUUUAUAUUUGCAUUCUUGCUUGGCUUGUCUGCGAAUGACCCCGACUGCGAGGCUUGGGUGGCUGAGGCCAUCUCAGAGAAGACGCUGGAUGCCCUCCGGCAGUUGCUGAGCCCAGAUCGUGCGCGGCGCGCCAAGUCCUUGCGAAAGUUCAGCCGGGCGUUUGUGCAGCCAGAGAUCUCAAAGACAAGGUCGCAGGAUCAGCUGCCUGUCCCAAGUGUGGCGGACUUCAUCGGGGAGCCGGAAGAGGCUUUGCCGCAACUGUCGCCUGUUCCUUCACCCAGAUCCACAACCCCUGCUGUGGCAUUUGCUUUGCCUGCCGGUAAGGAGGUUGAACUGGCGGAUCACUCCGACUCGCCAAAACGCCAGGAGUGGGCAAUGCGGAGAGCCAACAUCACCAAUUCCACAGGCAGUGUGUUGGACCUAGAUGGUAUUGCUGCCACGCUGGUUCAAUCUCUGGCAGAGGCAGCCUAUGCGGCCCCGCCAACCUUGUGCCGCUUGGCGGCGGCCUUGAGGACCUUUGGAGACAAGGGUCAGGACUUGCUGGGCAGGCUGCUAUUCGUACACUGGUUGGUGCCAGCCUUGUUGAAGCCAGCCCUGGGAUUAGGCCUUGGGCUUGCAGAGGUCUUCCCGGUGCUUACGGCAGCUGAAACAACGUACUCGCUCCGAAGCUUGGCGCAGCUGCUAACCGCGGCUGUUGCCCACGAAGCAGGAGAUGAGAACGACAGGAGUUCCCUCCGCAAGCUGUUCCACUCCUUGGCUGAGCGAGGGGCUGCCCAAGCAGCGUCCAAGAGCGAGGCAGAGUUGCCUUGCUGUGUGGUUUGUCGCACAAGUGAGCUGAUCGCCCUCGGAUCGAGCCUUUCUGCCGCUGCAGAAGAAGUUGCAGAGAUCCUGUCAAUGAGUGCUGACCAGGUGCGGCUGCUGGGACGCAGGCCCUCAAGCCCGGGAUCAGCGUCGGCUGUAGUUUGCUGGCUGAAGCGAUGUAGAAGCCACGAGAAGCAAACUGAUGACAUCACUCCGAAGGAGAAGCAGCAAAAACCACGCCUUAGUUACGAGGAGAGGAGAAAGUCCUUAGGUACCCACACCCAGGAGGAAGCCCUGCUUCUGCUGCGCCAGCUCCUGAGUGAGCCGCACCAGCUGUGCAGUCAUGGCAUUGGUCAAGCAGGAAGUGCCCUGCUGGCGGCACUGGAAGCGGCGCGGAGAGGGGCAGAGUUGUCUCGCAAACUCAAAAUCGACCUCCUUCAGGAGGCGCUGCUCUGGCAAGAACCCAGCAGCUCAGAAAAUGCUGCACCACUCACCAUAAACGAGCAGGAACUCUUUAACUCCCUGCAAGAGGCUUUGGAGAAGGAGCGGCGUGGGCUUGCGCAGCAGACGCUGCAGCUGCGGAGCAGGAGGCGGUUGGUGCGCCUGAGUGCCCUGCGCUGCCGAGAGGUGACAAAGUGCGUGCGACAUUGUGCCAAGGCUGCCUGGACCUUGCGUUUUAAUUGCUGCUUGCAGACGCUCUGGACAGGUUCGGACCGUCAGUCAGACCUCGGCAUGCCAGAGCUUUGUGUGCUUGGGCCAGAGACCGAUCCCAACAAGCUGGACUUGGACCAAGAGCUGAGUCCUCGACAGGGGAGGCGGCGGAAGCGUGAUGGUCUCUUCGGCAUUUUUUCGCAGGAGCCGGAGAUGGAACCUCGCCGGGAGUCUUCGGUGCGGAUGGUGAAGAGGAACUAUUGCCCAUACCAUCGUUUGGCGGCUGUGGGUGCCAGCAUUGGUGUGGAAGGCUUAGCCAAUGAUUCUUCACGUUCCCACUCUGCGACACGGAACUUGCGGGAGAUCCUCAGCGCGCUGUCAAAGCUUCGUAUUGACCGUGCACGGCAAGAGCGUAUGGGCAUGACGAAGGUCAUUCAGGAAUAGCUGCAGCAUACGGAGGUGUAAGGAACGGGGAAGAUGGAUCAGGUUGGUACGGCAAGCAUGCGGGGCUGUGCCCUUCAAUACAAUUUUGAUCUAUAUAUAUAUUGCCAAUUGAGCAUACUUAGUCACUAUGACGCUGGACGCUGUCAUAGCACCGGCAACACUGAAAAGAGUGUGAAAGCCAAAGGCGCAGAUGAACCUUUCCCAGAUUCGAGCGCCACUGUAGAUGCCCCUGUAUUUGAGAUGUCCGGUGGUUGAGACGUGUUGAAAUGGAUGGUGUGUCAAGUGGAUGACUUUAAGUCGCGAGAUCGACUUGCUUUAAACUCUAGCUGUUUGUCCGGAAGUGAUGACCAACCUCCGAAGUUCCGUGCAAGCUUUCCCAGUCACACCAUGGGCCCAUCGGUCUAAUUGCGAGCUGGGAGCAUGACAACCACCGAGCAAACAUGUUGUAGCACAGAUAUUCCAAGAGCCUUGGACUCCUACUGAAUAUCAAGAAAACUUGCACUUUCACAACCCAUUACCCAUGACAUCCCUGACCAAACAGGAGCUUGUUGUCAUGGUCUC